CAAUUGUUAGAUCAUUUUGCCAAAUAGAAGGAAAAAGAAAUUUUUUCGAUUUAAUAAAAGUUACAUUUACACUAUAUGAUUGGACACAAAAUAUAAUAAUAAGGUACAGCUACAAACUCGAUUCAACUUCUUAAAAUCUUAAUAGAAUAGCAUGGAACGUUAGAACGACUCUCUUAUCGCAAAAUCAGGAGAGAUGAGAUUGUUGGGACGAAAGGUGUUCAACGGUAUCGUUAAGAAUGUUGCGUUCAGUCACGCUGUACAGUAGUCUGCUGUCGACAGCGACGAUUGGCUGAUAUACCGUCCUCCCCUUCAUUUCGACCAUUUAUUUUGAUCAUUUGUGUUAAUGAUAGCAAGUUACGCGCUCAAAACACAUAUCUCUUUCUUGCUUCUCAUCGUGCACAUGGUUUCCAAUUUCUUUCUCGCAUUUCUUUUUUCAUCUUUUGUGUAGCUAUAUAUUUUACGAGCAUUACCAACAAAUUAUAGACAUAAAUAUAAAGAAAAUAUAAAUAUAACCUGUAUUAUCAGGAGAAAUUAUAAUAUUUUGUGGAAUUGUUCUAGCGAUGAUAAUUAGUAACGAUAAAUAAUAACGUGUUUCUUCCUUGUUCGUUAUGUGAAUCGUGUAUGUUUGUUUGUGAGAAGAUUUGUAUCUGGAUGAAAAAGAAUGGAAAUAUGUGGUGGUUCAUUAACAAUAAACGGUCGAGCAAACUUACACCGAAUCAAAUUUUCAUUGAAAUGACAAGUUGAAUGUCUACGAUUAAGUUUAGACGGAGUGAAUAUUUGAAACAAGUCUACGAUAUUUUAUUAUUUGAAGUGAAACAAUUUCGUGGGACAACAAUUUCGAUAAAAUUAUUGAACUUUCUUCAACUUGUCUUAAGCUGAUGACCUACUAAUGGUCGACCGAUCGUGGUUUGUUGACUCGACAUCGAAUUAUCGAGCCUCGUAGCAGAAUGUUUUGUUUAUCGGUGAUCAUUUCUACGAUCACGCGUAAUACAUUUUUAAACUAAAUUAAACUAAAUGAAACGUGUUAAAUUCUAAACGUGUUUCUUCAAGAACACGCAGGUUUCGUUUGAAAUAUUCAGCGAUCGAAGUACAACUUCUUUCGCGAAAGAUAUCCUUCGAGAACAGAGGAAGAAAAUUUAUUGGGCCACCUUAAAAAUCAUCAUGGAAACGUUGAAGAACGAUACAAACGAUCUCCACGACUUUUGGAAGGAUCUGGACUUGAAGAAUUUAACGGAAGACGAAUAUUUGGCCACGGUACUUGGACCUAAGUAUUUGCCUUUGAAGAUGGUGAUACCAUUAACGAUAGCGUACGUGACAAUUUUUGUGACUGGUAUUUUUGGGAACGUCACGACGUGUAUCGUAAUUAUAAGAAAUCCUUCGAUGCAUACGGCCACCAACUACUACUUAUUCAGUCUGGCUAUAUCUGACCUUAUUCUACUUGUGUUGGGAUUACCUAAUGAGCUGAGCCUCUUUUGGCAACAAUAUCCAUGGGUUCUAGGAGUUAGUCUUUGCAAAAUCAGGGCAUACGUAUCGGAAGUAUCCUCCUACGUAUCGGUUCUUACGAUAGUAGCCUUUUCCAUGGAAAGAUAUUUGGCGAUUUGUCACCCGCUCCGCGUUUAUGCAAUAAGUGGCCUCAAAAGACCAAUACGUUUUAUUUUAGCCGCGUGGUCGAUUGCGUUGGUUUCUGCCAUACCGUUUGCAAUCUACACGAAAGUCAACUUAGUCGAAUAUCCACGAGAUUCCGGGAAUUAUUCGGCUAAUUCCGCGGUUUGCGGAAUGUUGCUGCCAUAUUUGCCUAAUUUCCCUCUCUAUGAGUUGAGCACUAUUAUAUUUUUCUUGAUACCGAUGCUAGUUAUUUUGGUGGUGUAUACCAGAAUGGGUUUAAAAAUCAGAAACAGUACAAAUCAUACUUUAAACUCUGUGAUGCAGGGCGCUAUUCAUGGAGACUCGAGGCAAACUCAGUCUCGAAAAUCCGUCAUCAGAAUGUUAACUGCUGUGGUUAUUUUAUUUUUCAUUUGUUGGGCACCGUUUCAUGCUCAACGAUUGCUUUAUAUCUACGCGCAAGAAUCUGACUACUAUCCAGACUUGAACGAGUGUCUGUAUAUCUUAAGCGGAUGUCUCUAUUACUUCAGCACAACUGUGAAUCCAAUUUUAUACAAUUUGAUGAGUAUGAGGUAUAGGAAAGCGUUCAAAGAAACCAUCUUCUGCAAAACGAGAAUGACAGGCAGGAGAAGUUGGACUACCAGAGAGUCUCAAAUAUGCAAUAGUAAUUCGAGCGGAAAAGCGCAAAGCUCAAGUUUCAAGUGUUCAGUGAGAUAUACUAUUAGUCAAGCGAAGGAGAUGUUUCGAUUCACUGCAGGUCGAGAAGGCGUGAAUAGAGAUGGAAAUAUAAACGAUAAUGUCGCUCGUAAAUCAUACAUGCUCAAAAAGGAAGAUUUCACGUCGAAGCCCCUUCUCAAUCGAACGCACUCAGGACAGCAGGAAGAAAGAAAUAAAAGAGAUCCUGCACAUAACACAGAAGAGAAUAAGUCUGGGUCUACAACCAGUAGCGUUUUGUAAUUUAAGUUGUACGUUGUUAGUCGUUAAAAUUAUUGUACAUAAUA